UCCACGAAACCCUCGCACCCCCUCGCUGUUAAACCCUGAACCCUAAACCCCCCUAAAGCAUCGCCAUCAUAGCUAGCUGGGAAGGAAACGACGGGAUCGCGGCUUGUAGAGACUAUCCGAAACCAUAAAACCUCAUCUUUAUCCUCCUUCCGCUCUGCUCCUAUCCGAAACCAUUGAGGAAGGUUUUCUUUGUCACUUCUUGUUCAUACAUAAUUGUGUUGUAAAUUUAACUAUUAGAAGAAAAUGGAGGCCAGUUUAGAGAAAUCUUACCAAGCUGAGAAUGAUGAGGAGUAUGUUCUACUUGACCUUGAGAAUGUUUGCCUGCAGGCUGAUAUUCCAGCCAAUGCUCCUUAUACUCUGUCUGGUUUGGACACGCUAAAUCCUACACUUACUAUUGGGAGUCGUCUGAAGUUGAUUGGUGAAUAUGAAGAGACGGUUGGAACAUGCAUUUUGUUCAGUCAAAGAGCACAGAUGAGGAAACCAGACACGUUGCUAGUGUUCACAAAGUUCUUAAGUUCAGAUUGGAGGCUGAAGUCCAGAGUGAAGAUGCCUCGUGAUUUUGUGCAACAUGUUAUUACGGCUUUGUGCAAUAUUAUUUAUUAUUUGGAAGAUUAUUAUUAUUUUUUAUUUUUAUACGAGGAAUAUUAGUAUAAAUUUAUGUAUUGAGAGGGGUAGGAGCUCAAUCUUUCAUUGCAAUAUAGGAACUGUUUGGAUUACUGAAAGUAAAAUAUAAUGUAAUAGAUUU